AUGUCCGAGAUCGAGAAAGCCCUCGUUGAGCUCAAAGCAUUGAUGAAAUACCGAGCGCAGGUGCUUGGUAGUGAAGAAGAAUUUCGAGGACUCGGGCUGACCAGUCGCAAGAACCUUUGCCUUCACCCAUCCGUGAAGCGCGAAAAAAGCGGCGCAGUUGUUGAUGCGCGAUGCCGCAGCCUCACUGCUGGUUUUGUCAGGGAAAAAAAGGAACGCGGUGACGACGUCGAUGUCUGCAUUUACCACGACAAUCUCGACAAACUUGAACCUCACAACUUGAUUCCCAACGGCGUUUGGACGCUUGAUGGUCUUCUGCGUUAUGGUAAAGAACACAAGCAGUGCCCGUAUUUUACGUCUCGUCGUAUGAUGCAAUUUUGCAACGUUAUCAUUUACUCGUACCACUACCUACUCGAUCCUAAAAUCGCAGAGAGGGUCUCGAAAGAGCUCUCGAAAGACUGCAUUGUGGUUUUUGACGAAGCCCACAACAUUGACAAUGUUUGCAUUGAAUCCCUAAGCACCGACAUUACGGAGGAUUCCCUUCGCAAGGCUACAAGAGGGGCACAGAACCUGGAACGGAGAAUAAAUGAGAUGCGUGAAACGGACCAAAAGCAGUUGGAAAAUGAGUAUCAAAAACUAGUUCAGGGGUUGAGAGAAGCAGACGAGGCACGCCAAGAAGACGCUUUUAUGACAAAUCCAACACUACCCGAAGAUCUCCUUACCGAAGCUGUUCCUGGCAACAUCCGACGGGCCGAACAUUUUGUCGCUUUCCUCAAAAGGUUUAUUGAAUACCUGAAGGCAAGUACACGACCUGUAUUUCAGCGCUCAGGUUUGCUGAAGAUGUGA